AUGACAAGCACCAACACCAUGUUCCUUGCACUGUUGUCGCGGGUUGUGCUCCAGAAGAAAAUAUCGUUGUUAACGUGGCUUUCAAUAUCGCUUAUAUCAGGAUCAAUCGCAGUUAGCGGUAUGUCACACAUGGAUGACAUCACAGCAACACAACUGAUUGGUUUUGUGUUGGUAGUCGUUGCUGCACUUGUGAAUGCAUUCAACUCGAUUAUAAGUGAAGAUAUACUAAGGAAGAAACGUAUCGAAGGGCCUAACCUAGUGUCUAUGAUGGGCAUGAUAUCACUGACAAUAUUCUGCGUAUGGUCACUGGUAUUCACGCUGCCACAACGGCAUGUGCUAUUCGACGCGCAGAGUAAAAUCAACCCCUUUGACUUAUCGGCUGUCCUAACAAUUCUAUUUGUGCUCUUCAUAUCUAACUUCUUUCGAUCGUCCGUAUAUUACUACAUCAUCAAAGAGGCCGGUUCUAUUUGUUGCGGAGUUUUGAAGGCAAUACGUAUCAUCAUCGUCGUCGCUGGUAGUCAUGCGUUAUUCUCCUACACGGAUAAAUCGCAAACAAUGACUCUGAGCAAGCUGAUAUCAUCAGUGAUUUGUUCAGUGGGUGUGGUUAUGUAUUCCAUCGAAAAUGCGGGAAUCCAGAAAACAAAGGAAGGUUGA